AUCAGUUGUGCGCACACAAGGAUUUUCAAAUGGAAAAAAACUCCCUCGUCUUAGGUGAAACAAAGUAUACCAACUCAAGCAAUUUGCCAGUGCACUCUCUGGAAUCCCACUGCUUCACUUCUAAGCUACGAUAAUUACGACUUCAUCACGAUGGAUGAGUUGGAUGAGACUCAGCUGAAAAAUCAUGUGGACAGUCUGAAGCAACAGCUACAGUAUAACAGGGAGAAAACAUCAGACUCCAUUCCAGAGUUGAUUAAAUGGAUGGAGGAGAAAAUGACUGAGGAUCCUUUUUUGAACACUGAAAUCCUGAAGCUGAACCCAUGGGUGGAGUCAAGCAAAUGUGUUGUACUCUAGCACAAAAACGGUCAAUCAUCACUAUGACAACUGGCAUGGCUCAACCCAUUGUUAUGGUUGCACUGGCAGACUUAGAGGACUAAGAUGAAUAAGAUUGUAAAUGAAUAGAUUGAGUUAAUAUGCUUUGCUGUUUACUUGUAUCAGGCCAUGAUAUUAUCAAAAGAAAGAAAACAACUGCUGUCAAUCAGUGAAAAUGUGUAUUUAUAAAAGUGUAAGACAACAAUACAAGAAUACAUAAAAAAAAAAAAAAAGAGGAACUGCAGCAUUUCUUCCCCCGGAAAUGUUAGGUUUAAGUUUUCAUGUAACCAUACAGUAAAACGUUUAGAGCAUUUUUAUUUUUGGUGUAUUUAUUAAAGUUGUUGUAUAUUGAAUAAAAGGCCUC